UAAUAUUAUUUUGUUCUCGACGUAAUAUUGAUAUGAAAAACCGAAUCGAUUAUGUUGUCAAUAAAAACGAAAAUAUUUUAUAAUCAUUACUAUUUCUUGAUAAUCAAUAUGGUCAUCAUGCUGAAUUCUGUUCUUACAUUUGGUCAAUAUCAACUGGCAUUUGCUGGAAAUAAUGGUGUUCGUGAUGCAAUUUUAGCCAUCAAUGCCUACUGUGACAAUACCUGUACAAAUCCUGUCACUCAUAAUUGGAUCGCCCAUUGUUUUCAACAAGCAGCUAAUCAUAAUGACCAGAUCAUGCAAAUAAUUCGUACCUGUACAGCUCAACGGAAUUUCGUCAUUAAUUGUAAUCAUUAUUCAUUGAUUCAAUUGGAAAGAUGUCUUAUUCAUUCAUCAUAUAAUAACCUAUUCCUGAUACAGCAGCACAAUUGGUCAAGACAAUGUUUUGUUCGUUCCAUCACUGCACGAACAAGAAAUUGUCUCCGUUACAAUUAUCCUCGUCUUCGAUCGUAUAUACCUCAACGACCUAUUUAUUAUCAAAAUAAUUAUCAUAACUUUCGAAUGAAUAAUCGCGGACUAGCUGCUGCUUUGAAUGUUUAUAACUAAACCAAAAUGAACGAAUAUGAUCAUGUCAUUCAA